UUGGAUCAGCUCUCGAUCAUUUCUCUUCACCUGUCGACCAGGUGAUUCCUAGCUUCCUCGUUACGCUUCCCUAGAACCUUCAUUGUGUCAGGAUAGGUACUACCUAACCACCAGUGUUCGGAAUUUAGCUGUCCGAUUCGACAAGCCAUUCGACCUGAUCAAUCCACGGACCAUCAGCGGCAUCAAUAGCCAUGUUCGUCAUCAAGCGUGACGGCCGCAAGGAGGCGGUGCACUUCGACAAGAUCACCGCGAGGCUGAAGAAACUGAGCUAUGGGCUCAACCCGGACUUCUGCGAUCCGGUUGUGGUGGCUCAAAAGGUCUGCAUGGGCGUGUACAAGGGCGUCACUACCUCGCAGCUCGACGAGCUGGCCGCUGAGACUGCGGCUGCCAUGACGUCAACUCACCCCGACUACGCCAUUCUCGCCGCCAGGAUCGCCGUGUCGAACCUUCACAAGAACACGAAGAAGUCCUUCUCUGAAACGAUCAAGGAAAUGUACUUCCACGUGAACAAGGAAACCGGCCAGGAAUCUCCUCUGGUCAGCGAAAUAGCUUACAACAUCAUUAUGGAGAAUGCGGAGGUCCUCGACAGCGAGAUUAUCUACGACCGUGACUUCGAGUAUGACUAUUUCGGCUUCAAGACGCUGGAGCGAUCCUAUCUCCUUCGUGUCAACGGCAGGGUUGUGGAGAGGCCGCAGCACAUGCUGAUGCGAGUGGCCGUGGGCAUCCACGAGCGCGACAUCGAGGCCGCCAUAGACACGUACCACCUCAUGUCGCAGCGCUGGUUCACGCACGCGUCGCCCACCCUCUUCAACGCGGCGACUCCUCGCCCGCAACUCAGCAGCUGCUUCCUCGUGUGCAUGAAGGACGACUCUAUCGAGGGCAUCUACGACACGCUUAAGGAGUGCGCCGUUAUCAGCAAGUCCGCGGGCGGCGUCGGCCUGGCGAUACACUGCAUCCGCGCUUCCAACAGCUACAUCCGCGGGACGAACGGGACGUCCAACGGGAUCGUGCCGAUGCUGCGCGUGUUCAACAACACGGCGAGAUACGUGGACCAGGGCGGCGGCAAGCGCAAGGGCGCCUUCGCCAUCUACCUGGAGCCGUGGCACGCGGACGUGUUCGAAUGGCUCGAUCUGCGCAAGAACCACGGCAAGGAGGAGAACCGAGCGCGCGACCUGUUUUACGGGCUGUGGGUGCCGGACCUGUUCAUGCAGCGCGUGCAGGAGAACGGCCCCUGGUCGCUCUUCUGCCCCAACGAGGCUCCCGGGCUCGCCGACUGCUGGGGAGAUAAGUUCGUGGAGCUCUACACCAAGUAUGAGACCGAGGGCCGAGCCCGACGCGUGCUGCCCGCGCAGAAGCUGUGGUUCGCGAUCCUGGAGGCCCAGAUCGAGACCGGCAACCCGUACAUGCUCUUCAAGGACUCGUGCAACCGCAAGAGCAACCAGCAGCACCUGGGCACGAUCAAGUGCAGCAACCUGUGCAGCGAGAUCGUGGAGUACUGCGCGCCCGACGAGACGGCCGUCUGCAACCUCGCCUCUAUCGCGCUGCCCCGCUACGUCCGCGAGGAGGGCCUGGCGGCGGACGUGAAGCUGAUCGGCAGCCGAGGCCACGGGCAGCGGUUCUUCGACUUUGAGAAGCUGGGGCAGGUGACGGAGGUGAUCACGCGCAACCUCAACCGCGUCAUCGACGUCAGCUACUACCCCACCGACUCGGCUCGCCUCUCCAACGAGCGCCACCGCCCCAUCGGCAUCGGCGUCCAGGGCCUGGCUGAUGUCUUCAUCCUGCUCGGCAUGCCCUUCGACUCCGCCGAGGCCAACGCGCUGAACCGCGACAUAUUCGAGACGAUCUACUACCACGCGCUCAAGGCGUCAUGCGAGCUGGCGGAGGUGCACGGCAAGUACCUCACGUACGACGGCAGCCCCAUGAGCAAGGGGCUGCUACAGCCGGACAUGUGGGAGGGCGUGGAGCUGACGCAGGAGCGCCACGACUGGGCGCAGCUGCGCGCGCGGAUUGCGCGCGUGGGGCUGCGCAACUCGCUGCUGCUGGCGCCCAUGCCCACGGCGUCGACGAGCCAGAUCCUGGGGAAUAAUGAGUGCUUCGAGCCGUACACGUCCAACAUCUACACCCGCCGCGUGCUCAGUGGCGAGUUCGUGGUGGUGAACAAGCAUCUGCUGAGCGACCUGACGGGCAUGGGGCUGUGGACGCCCGCGCUCAAGAACGAGCUCAUCUACCACAACGGAUCUAUCGAGGGCAUCGCCGCCAUUCCCAACCACCUCAAACCCAUCUACAAGACGGUGUGGGAGAUCAAGCAGCGUGCGGUGGUGGACCUAGCUGCGACGCGUGGUGCCUUCAUAGACCAGAGCCAGAGCCUCAACAUCCACCUGGACACGCCCAACUUCGGCAAGCUCACCUCGCUGCACUUCUACGCCUGGUCCAAGGGUCUGAAGACUGGCAUGUACUACCUGCGCACUCGCAGCGCAGCGGACGCCAUCAAGUUCACCGUGGACGCUGUGGCAGUGCAGGCGAGCAAGGCGCAGGAGAAGGCGGGGCGGGAGGAGAAGGGGAAGCUGGAUGUGGUGGUGGCGACCAAGAAGGCAGCCAGCCUAGAUCUCAACCUCGCAGCCAUGGUCUGCUCCCUCGAGAACCGCGACGAGUGCCUCGCCUGCGGGAGCUGAGCUGAAAGACUGACUACCUCACUUCACUCGCUCGCUCCCCACUCGCUGCUGCACCCGUUGCCCCCUGGAGUUCCUGCCUGCCCGACUCCUGCUUCUCACUAACACCUGCUGCGUAUAGCAGUAGCCUGAUUCCCUGCCUCUGGUCUAACGUUUGGUGCACUCCAUGCUAACUCCUUGGCGCUCACCUAUGCUCCCAGCCCAGCCGCAGUUCGAACUCUGCUGUCACUCCCAGGGAUAUUGCCAGCGUCCAGCUGGUGCUCUGCUUUACUUCGGGAGCCUUUCCCCCCUUUAUUUGGUAGUUCUCUUUCCUUUCCCUUCUCCUUUAUUAUUGCAACAGUGGGUAGUGGGGGUUGGGCCCUUCUCUCUAGCUGUAGCGCUGGCUGUAGCAUUGGCUGUUGCUGGAUGCUACAGCUGUAUAUAGAUGUGGCGUCACGUGCUGAUUGUCACAUGGAUAUAUCUGGGUGCUUCCUCGCUGCUUGUACCCGUACCUUUUAUUAUUUGCCAGUACCUUUUCCAGAA